CAGCGAGAGCAACUUGAAAGGGGGGUUGUGUAAUGUACCUUUUCCAAUCCCGGGCUGUAUAUGGAGAUUUGGGAUUCUUUAAACCGGCGCUACCUGGAUUUUAUUAAAAAGCGGGGAGCUCGGCGGGAGGAAAGCUGGCUUUUCCGGGGGCUGCGGGAGCGGGGCCGCGGGAGGGCGGAGGAGUUGGCGCGCCGCGCGCCCGGCCCGGGGAGCGGUUUUCUACCAAAAAAAGGAAAGGCGGGCAAAAAGUGUGAGGCGGCUGCGGGUGGCGGAGGGGGAGCGGCGGCCGAGGGAUGGCGGGCAGUACAGGCGCCUAGCCGCGCCGGGAAUCGCGGCGGUCGCCGGAGUCGCCCUCGGAGCCUGGAGCCCGGAGCCCCGCCGAGCCAGACGCCGUGUGCGCCUCCUCGCGCAUCUCUGCUCGGCCGCCCGGAGGGGACUCAUCGCGGGCAGUUCGUGCGCCCCGGGCCGCUGGCCCGUGGUUGAGCGCAAGCCCCGCUGGCCGCCGCCAUGCACGCCGCGGAGCGCCCGCCACCCGAGGACACUAGGACUACAUCGAGGCCGAACUUUUAAGUCCAUCUGAAGCAGGCCAGCGGGCCGGGUGGGGAGGCUGACCGCGGCACUCCCGCGGAGGAUGGAUGGCCGAGAUUUCGGGCCCCAGCGGUCCGUCCACGGCCCCCCGCCGCCGCUGCUGUCCGGCCUGGCCAUGGACAGCCACCGCGUGGGUGCGGCCACCGCCGGACGCUUGCCCUCCUCGGGCUUGCCAGGUCCCCUGCCUCCGGGGAAAUACAUGGCUGGUCUCAACCUGCACCCGCACCCGGGCGAGGCCUUCUUGGGCAGCUUUGUGGCCAGCAGGAUGGGGCCCUCGGCCUCGUCUCAGGGGAGCCCCGUAUCCCUGCCCUCUGACCUCUCCUUCCGCUCCCCCGCCCCCAGCAACCUGCCUAUGGUGCAGCUGUGGGCUGCCCACGCCCAUGAAGGCUUCUCCCACCUGCCCAGCGGGCUGUACCCAUCCUACCUCCACCUGAACCACCUGGAGCCCCCCAGCAGCGGGAGCCCCCUCCUCAGCCAGCUGGGUCAGCCCAGCAUCUUCGAUACCCAGAAAGAUGGCUUCUACCUGCCUGCGCCUGGGACUCUGCACUCUCACACACCGUCCUCCAGAACCCCUGGUGGCCACUCCUCAGGUGGUCCAGCCAAAGGCUCCUCCCGGGAAGGUGCAGGCAAGGAUCGCUCAGGCCGCGGUGGAGAUCCCCCUCCGCUAUUUGGCAAGAAAGACCCUCGGGCACGUGAGGAGGUGUCUGUGCCCCGUGGCGUGGUGGACUUGACCCAGGAGGUUCGAGCCGAGGGCCGCCAGGACCGUGGGCCCUCACGCCUGGCCGAGCGCCUGUCGCCCUUCUUGGCAGAGGCCAAAGCCAAGGGUGCUUUGCAGUCAUCCUCCUUGAGUUUAUGUAAUGGCAUGGUGGACGCAGGGCUGGUGGCUGAAUUGGGUCGUGGAGGUGCCAAGGAGGUAGCCAGGCAGGAGGAGAGUGCUCGGCUGCUGCGGCGGACUGAAGCUCUGCUGCCCUCAGCAAGACCCUGUGGGUCUCCAUUGCCUCCGCCACCACCACUGCCCCCCAAGGGUCCCCCUGCACCCCCUUCCUCGACACCCACUGGUGUCUACACUGUGUUCCGGGAACCAGGCCGCGAGCACCGCGUGGUGGCGCCUACUUUUGUGCCUUCUGUGGAGGCCUUUGAUGAGCGUGUAGGACCCAUCCAGAUAGCAUCCCAGGCUCGCGAUGCCAGGGCCAGGGAGCGGGAGCCAGGCCGACCUGGGGUCCUGCAAGGUCCCCCUGGAUCUCCACGACUGGAGCGACCAGAGGUCCUACGGGAGAAGAGUUCUGUCAUUCGCUCCCUCAAGCGUCCACCUCCAUCCGAUGGACCUUCAGCCCGCUCCUCCCAUUCCUCCCCGGAUGCCCGCACCUACCUGCCCCCCAAGGAACUACUCAAGCCUGAGGCUGAUCCGAGGCCUUGUGAGCGUGCACCCCGAGGCUCUAGCUCCUCUGCUGCCCAGCAGGCUGCUAAGUUCUUGGGCCUGGAACCAUCCCGACCCCCUGGACCAGAGCAUAAGUGGAAACCCUUCGAGCUGAGCAACUUUGCCACCACACAAAUGGCUGUCCUGGCUGCCCAGCACCACCAUGCCAGCCGAGCCGAAGAGGAAGCAACUGUCGCCACAGCAUCCAAAAAGGCUUACCUGGACCCCGGGGGUACAAUGCCCCGUGCCUCGGCCACCUGCGGCAGGCCUGGUGCUGACCUCCACCCCGCAGCCCACGGACCUGGAGAGGCCUCUGCCAUGCAGAGCCUCAUCAAAUACAGUGGUAGCUUUGCUCGGGAGGCUGUGGCUGUGCGCCCCGGUGGCGGUGGGAAGAAGAGCCCCUUUGGAGGUCUGGGCACCAUGAAACCUGAACCUACACCCACAUCCACAGGUCCCCCCAGAGCCCAGGCCCGACUUACACACCCUGGGGUCCCUACAGCUGGAGGGGGCCGACAGCUGAAACGGGACCCAGAGAGACCUGAGAGUGCCAAGGCCUUUGGGCGGGAGGGCUCCAGUGCCCAGGGGGAGACGGAAGUGAGACACCCGCCUGUGGGCAUUGCCGUGGCUGUGGCCCGGCAGAAGGACAGUGGGAGCAGUAGCCGGCUGGGGCCUGGACUGGUAGACCAGGAGCGCUCUUUAUCACUGAACAACGUCAAAGGGCAUGGCCGGACUGAUGACGACUGUGAUAGAGCCAGACACCGGGAGGAUCGGCUGCUCGGGACACGGCUGGACCGGGACCAGGAGAAGUUGCUCCGAGAAAGUAAGGAGUUGGCUGAUUUGGCCCGUCUACACCCUACCAGCUGUGCUCCUAAUGGUCUGAACCCCAACCUCAUGGUGACUGGGGGCCCGACACUGGCAGGCUCAGGACGCUGGUCUGCUGACCCCGCAGCUCACUUGGCGGCACACCCCUGGCUGCCUCGGUCGGGGAGCACAUCCAUGUGGCUUGCUGGACACCCUUACGGCCUGGGACCCCCCUCUCUACACCAGGGCAUGGCCCCCGCCUUCCCACCCGGCUUAGGGGGUUCCUUGCCAUCAGCUUACCAGUUCGUCAGGGAUCCCCAGUCUGGCCAGCUGGUGGUUAUCCCCAGUGAUCACCUGCCUCAUUUUGCUGAGCUGAUGGAGCGAGCCGCAGUGCCUCCUCUCUGGCCGGCCCUGUACCCACCGGGCCGCAGCCCCCUGCACCAUGCACAGCAGCUGCAGCUCUUCUCUCAGCAGCACUUUCUGCGGCAGCAAGAGCUGCUGUACCUGCAGCAGCAGGCAGCCCAGGCCCUGGAGCUGCAGCGGAGCGCACAGCUGGUGCAGGAGCGAUUGAAAGCUCAGGAGCAUCGAACUGAGAUGGAGGAGAAGGUGAAUAAGAAGAGCCUGGAGACCACGGGCAAGGCCAGCUUGAGUGCCGCAGGCCCAGGACUGUUGCCUCGCAAGCCCACCGGCCUGGCUGCAGGCCCCACGGGCACCCACGGCAAGGCUGUGAGCCCACCCCCGUCUCCCCGAGCCUCCCCUGUGACCUCUCUGAAGGCCAAGGUUAUCCAGAAGGUAGAGGAUGUGUCUAAGCCACCGGCCUACACCUACCCUGCCACACCCAGCUCUCACCCCAGCAGCCCACCGCCCGCCUCCCCACCACCUACCCCUGGCCUUGCCCGCAAGGAAGAGGCUCCUGAGAACGUGGUGGAGAAGAAAGACCUGGAGUUGGAGAAGGAGGCACCCAGUCCCUUCCAGGCCCUGUUCACAGAUAUCCCCCCCAGGUACCCAUUCCAAGCCCUGCCACCACACUACGGGAGAUCCUACCCCUUCCUGCUGCAACCCACUGCAGCCGCUGAUGCCGAUGGCCUCGCCCCCGAUGUGCCGCUCCCAGCUGACGGGCCCGAGCGCCUGGCACUGUCUCCCGAAGACAAGCCCAUCUGCCUGUCACCUUCUAAGAUCCCAGAGCCACCCCGGGACAGCCCAGAGGAGCAGCCACUGGUCGACCGUGAGGUGAAGGCUGAGGUUGAGGAUGUAGAAGAGGGCCCCACGGAGCUGCCCCACCUCGAGUCACCGUUGGCUCUGCCUGUUCCCGAGACCAUGGUGGCUGUAAGCCCUGCAAGUGGCUGCGGAGGUGGCCUGCUAGAGGCCCAGGUGUUGAGCGCAGCGGGUCAGGGCUGCCGGGAGCCCUCUGAAGCCUCAGACUUUGCACAAGUGGCUGAACCACAGAUAGAACUACCGGGUAGGACAGAGCCCCGCAUGGCUGCGGCUGCCCUGGAGCUUGGGGCGCAACUGACACCUGAGCCACUCAUAGAGACUAAGGAAGAGCCGGUGGAGGUGCCCCUGGAUGUGCCAAUGGAAGGGCCCAUGGCAGAGGCAGGGCCUGAGGACAGCCUGCCCCAGCCGCCCCUGACUGAGCCUCAGCCCAGCCUGGAGCUCUCAGACUGUGACUUACCUGUCCCAGAGGGCCAGUGUCUGAACCUGGAGACCCAGGAGGCUGCACCUGCUCCGGGCAGUGCCUGCUGUCUAGAAGACACCUGUUCUGAGUCACUCCUGCCAGGCCUGGAGGACCCACUGGCCGGCAUGAAUGUGCUGGCAGCUGCAGCUGAGCUGCCCCAGGCCAGGCCUCUGCCUUCUCUGGGUACCGGGGUCUCAGCCGGGGAGAAGCUGGACACAGCCUCCAGCCUAGGCCUGGAACACAGCUUCCUGCAGGGCAUCACCCUGCUGAGCGAAAUAGCUGAGCUGGAGCUGGACCGGAGGGGCCAGGAGGUUUCAGGUGCAGAGCCAAACCUGGUGGUGCGACCCUCUCUGGAGAGUCUGCUGGCGGCCAGCAGCCACAUGCUGAAGGAAGUGCUAGACAGCCCCUUCUCAGACCCACUCAAGAACUUGCGGCUCCCGCGUGAGCUGAACGCCAACAAAAAAUACAGCUGGAUGCAAAAGAAGGAGGAACGGAUGUUUGCCAUGAAGUCUUCUCUGGAAGACAUGGAUGCUCUGGAGCUGGACUUCCGGAUGCGCCUGGCAGAGGUCCAGCGGCGGUACAAAGAGAAACAGCGGGAGCUGGUCAAGCUCCAGCGACGCCGUGAUUCGGGGGACAGGCACGAGGAUGCCCAUAGAAGCAUGGCACGCAGAGGCCCUGGCAGGCCGCGGAAACGGACCCACACCCCGAGCGCCCUGUCGCCCCCCUGCAAGAGAGGGAAGAGCCACAGCGGUAGCGGAAAGCUGAGCAGCAAGUCCCUGCUGACGUCAGAUGACUACGAGCUGGGAACCGGAAUGAGGAAGAGACACAAGGGGCCUGAGGAGGACCAAGGUGCCCUCAUUGGCAUGGGGAGAGCCCGGAGCAGGAACCAGAGCUGGGACGAUCACGAAUCCUCAUCUGACUUCAUGAAUCAGCUAAAGAUUAAGAAGAAGAAGAUGGCGAGCGACCAAGAGCAAUUGGCAAGCAAGCUAGACAGAGCCCUGUCCCUCACAAAACAAGACAAGCUAAAGUCGCCCUUCAAGUUUUCCGACAGUCCUGGGGGAAAGUCGAAAGCUAGUGGGACCUGUGGCAGGUUCUUGACAGCAUAUGACAGCCUGCUGUGCAAGGACAGGAAAGUGCUGGCCAAAGGCCUCGGCUUGUCUCUGAAGCCCUCCCAAGAAGGUAAACACAAGAGGGCUGCCAAAGCCAGGAAGAUGGAGGGGGGCUUCAAGGCCAGAGGCCAACCCAAGCCCACCCAUUCUCCAUUCGCCUCGGAAGUGAGCAGUCACUCCUACAAUACGGACUCAGAUGAAGAUGAUGAAGACUUCUUGAAGAACGAGUGGUCUGCCCAAGGCCCCUCUAGCUCCAAACUGACCUCAUCCCUCCUGUGUGGCAUGGUGACCAAGAACAGCCAGCCAGCCACAGGCCCUAAGCUGACCAAGAGGAGCCUGGCAGGCCCCCGGACUUUGAAACCCAAGGCGGCCACCGGCAGGAAGCAGUCCUUUUGUUUGCUGCUCCGAGAGGCCCACUCCUCCCUCAGCGACUCUUCCGAGGAGGACUCCUUUGAUCAAGAUGACAGCUCAGAAGAGGAUGAGGAGGAAGAGCUGGAGGAGGAGGAGGACGAAGAGGAAGCCGUUGGUAGCUAUAGGCUGGGUGCCGGGGAACAGGCCCUGUCGCCGAGCCUGGAGGAGAGCGGGCUGGGUCUGCUGGCUCGCUUUGCGGCCAGCGCCCUCCCCAGCCCUGUUGUGGGGCCACCCCUGUCUGUGGUGCAGCUGGAAGCUGAGCAGAAGGCCCGCAAGAAGGAGGAACGGCAGAGCUUGAUGGGUACAGAGUUCGAGUACACAGACUCAGAGGGUGAAGUCAAGGUUCCCAAGCAGACACCUGCUGGGCUGCUGCGGCCCAAGAAGGGGGUUGGGGAGCCAAGUCAGUCUGCGGCUGCCCCUGUCCCCGGCACCCGGGCCUCCGGUCCCACCAGCCCAGACAAAACCAAGCUGGCCUCAGAGAAGGGACGAAAAGCCCGGAAGAUACGUGGCCCCAAGGAACCUGGCUUCGAGGCAGGGCCAGAGGCCAGUGAUGAUGACCUGUGGACGAGACGCCGGAGUGAGCGCAUCUUCUUACACGAUGCCUCGGCUGCAGUCCAGGCACCCAGCAACACAGCACCGGCACCCAAGCCCAGCCGAUGUGGCAAGGGUGGUGCCCCGAGUCCACGCAAGGACACCGGCAGAGCCAAGGACAGGAAGGACCCCAGGAAGAAGAAGAAGGGGAAAGAGGCUGGGUCAGCAACCACGCUGCCGCCAGCCCGUGUUCCUGCCUUGUCUGACUCCAGGGCACCUCACACAGGGCCCCUGGCCACUGCCAAACGGAGCAAGGCCAAGGCCAAAGGGAAGGAGGUGAAGAAGGAGAACCGAGGAAAAGGGGGUGCUGUGAGUAAACUGAUGGAGUGUAUGGCAGCAGAGGAGGACUUUGAACCCAACCAGGACUCGAGCUUCUCUGAGGAUGAGCACUUGCCCCGAGGUGGGGUCACAGAGCGACCUUUGACUCCAGCCCCCCGCUCCUGCAUCAUUGACAAGGACGAGCUGAAGGACGGCCUGCGUGUGCUGAUUCCUAUGGAUGACAAGCUGCUGUAUGCGGGGCAUGUGCAGACCGUGCACUCACCCGACAUAUACCGUGUGGUGGUGGAAGGUGAGCGUGGGAACCGUCCCCACAUCUACUGCCUGGAGCAACUACUGCAGGAGGCGAUUAUAGACGUGAGGCCGGCCUCUGCUCGCUUCCUGCCCCAGGGGACCAGGAUCGCCGCCUACUGGAGCCAGCAAUACCGCUGCCUCUAUCCGGGCACGGUGGUCCGAGGGCUGCUGGACCUGGAAGAUGACGGAGACCUGAUCACCGUGGAGUUUGAUGAUGGGGACACAGGCAGGAUUCCCCUCUCACACAUCCGCCUCUUGCCACCUGACUAUAAAAUCCAGUGUGCUGAGCCGUCCCCGGCACUCCUGGUGCCCAGUGCAAAACGCCGUAGCAGGAAGACCAGCAAAGACACUGGGGAGAGCAAAGAAGGGGCCACCACAGGGCCUCAGGAGGCUACAGGAGCCAAGGCUCGAGGGCGAGGACGGAAACCCAGUGCCAAAGCCAAGGGCGACAGAGCUGCUGUCCUGGAGGAAGGGGCUGCCACAGACGAAGUCCCCAGUGCUCCCUUGGCCCUGGAGCCCAUCAACACCCCAAGUUCCAAGAAGAGUCCCCCAGAACCAGUGGAAAAGCGAGCGAGAGCCCCCAAAGCUCGUUCAGUCUCUGCACAACCCAGCCCCAUGCCACCCACCUUCUCCAACUGCCCAGCUCCUGAGCCCUUUGGGGAGCUGCCAGCCCCCACUGCAGCCCCACUCAUCAACAUGCCUGUCACCAUGCCUGCCACGCGCCCCAAACCCAAGAAGGCUCGGACCGCUGAGGGGUCAGGUGCCAAAGGUCCCCGGAGGCCAGGGGAAGAGGAUGAACUGCUUGUCAAACUGGACCAUGAGGGGGUCAUGUCCCCCAAAAGCAAGAAGGCCAAAGAGGCCCUGCUCUUGCGGGAAGAUCCAGGGCCUGGGGGUUGGCCAGAGUCCACAGGGUUGCUCAGCCUGGGUAGCUACCCACCAGCUGUUGGCAACAGUGAGCCCAAGGCCACCUGGCCCAAGACUCUGGAUGGAGACCUCACUCAGGAGCCUGGGCCAGGACUUCCUUUAGAGGAUCCCGGCAACUCCAAGAACCCAGACAAGGCCCAGGCUGAGCAAGAUGGGGCUGAGGAGUCAGAGACCACUAGCAGCAGCAGCAGCAGCAGCAGUAGCAGCAGUAGCAGCAGCAGCAGCAGCAGUAGCAGCAGUAGCAGCAGCAGCAGUAGCAGCAGCAGCAGCAGCAGCAGCAGCGGUUCUGAAACGGAAGGCGAGGAGGACACCGAGAAGAGCAGAGAGGACGGCCGGGGUGCAGGGGGCAGGACCUGCAGUGCCGCCAGCUCCCGGGCAUCCUCUCCUGCCUCCUCCUCGUCCUCCUCCUCUUCCUCCUCCUCCUCGUCCUCCUCUUCCUCCUCCUCCUCCUCUUCUUCCUCUUCCUCGUCCUCUUCCUCCUCGUCCUCCUCUUCCUCUUCCACCACAGACGAGGACUCUUCCUGCAGCUCUGAUGACGAAGCAGCCCCUGCACCUGCUGCCGGUCCCUCCACACAGCAGCCAGCGCUACCCACCAAGGUGUCCAAGCCACCUAGCAAGGCACGCUCCUCAGCUCACUCCCCAGGCAAGAAGGCACCUACUGUCACCCAGCCCCCACCCCAGCCCCCACCCCAGCCCCAGCAGACUCUGCCACCCAAGACCCAGGCUGGGGCUGGGGCCAAGAGCCGACCCAAGAAGAGAGAAGGCGUGCACUUGCCUACCACCAAGGAGCUGGCCAAGCGGCAGCGUCUGCCAUCCGUGGAGAACCGACCUAAAAUCGCUGCCUUCCUACCCGCCCGGCAGCUUUGGAAGUGGUUUGGCAAGCCCACUCAGCGGCGAGGCAUGAAAGGCAAGGCUCGCAAGCUCUUCUACAAAGCCAUCGUGAGAGGCAAGGAGAUGAUCCGCAUAGGCGACUGUGCGGUCUUCCUGUCGGCUGGUCGCCCCAACCUGCCCUACAUUGGUCGAAUCCAGAGCAUGUGGGAGUCGUGGGGCAACAACAUGGUGGUUCGUGUCAAGUGGUUCUACCAUCCGGAAGAGACCAGCCCAGGCAAACAGUUCCACGAGGGCCAGCACUGGGACCAGAAAUCGGGGCGUAGUCUCCCUGCAGCCCUGCGGGCCUCCAGCCAGAGAAAGGACUUUAUGGAGCGCGCCCUGUACCAGUCCUCCCAUGUGGAUGAGAACGACGUUCAGACAGUGUCCCACAAGUGCCUGGUGGUGGGCCUGGAGCAGUACGAGCAGAUGCUAAAGACCAAGAAAUACCAGGACAGCGAGGGCCUGUACUACCUCGCGGGCACCUAUGAGCCCACCACAGGCAUGAUCUUCUCCACAGACGGCGUGCCUGUGCUCUGCUGAGCACCGCCUCCCCGGCAGGGCCCACGGAGACCCCUCCCCACCACUGCCAUGGCGCGGGACCAUGUGUGUUGUGUGCAUGCCAGUGUGCUCGUGGGCGUGUGCAUGUGGCCAGGUGGACGCCCCGGGCAAGUGCGAGUGUGUACAUGUGUGUGCCCGUAUGCAUGCACGUGUGUGCGCACAUGUGCACACAUCUCUAGACCCUUUCUGGUCAUCCCCUGGUGCCCUCAUGCUGAGACACCCCUCCCCCUCCAGCUAUCAGGGUCUGGCUCUGCUGUCCCAUCAGGGUCACCUCAGUGGGGACUUCCCUCCAGCACUUUGAAUGCGCUUGAUAAGGCUGCCCUCCAAGCUCUGGGCCUGUGUAGACUUUCUGACUCUGUGGAUGGGGUGACGGAGAGUUCCAAGGACCCAAACUGAUGCUUGGUAUAGAGGUCAACCACACCCAGCAUGGAACCCAUCGAAAGCCUUCCAUCAUGGGCCGGAGGCCCCAACGCCAGCCAGCUUCACCAAUCAACACUGGGCAUCUGGGCGCCUGCAUGCCCAGCCUCCACCCUCUCAGGACAGCCUGGACUUGGGGAACAAGACAGGGGAGGGCAUCCCAGGAGCAUCACCAUACCUGGUGGACCCCCUAGCCCAGACCCUUACACUACAGAAAACCCCAAUGGUGCUGAAACCCGCGCCCAUGCCCGGCACGGCCCGCCCGGCCCCCUCCACCAGGAGGAUCCGAAAGGUUACCUGUACAGUUUAUUGUAGCCUGCCCCUGUAUCAUACACCUUUAAAUGGAGUCAACUUUUUAAUUAUAUAUAUAAAGAUAAAUAUAUAUAAAUAUAUAUAUAAACUUUUUAAAACUGUGAAAAAUAGCUAUGAAAUUAUAAAAAAACACAUUCUGACGUGCAGAAUAUUAUUUUUUAUUUCCUGUUAGAUUGUGAGUGUCUAGCACCGGCUUCAUGCCUUCCCCCAACUCCCCUGCACCCUCACCCCUGCCCAUGUGUACUGUAUGUGCCCCCAAAUGGACGAGAGAUGGAGACAGAUGGAGGGGCCCCGAGCCCAGCCCCCAGCUCGGCCCGAAGCACUUAACCAGCCCCCCUGUGCCUGCCAGACCCCAAUGGGGUCCCCGGAGGCUUUGAGCAGACAAUCUUGAAGGAAGGAAAAGCCAGACUUCGGUUUUGUUUUGUUUUGUUUGGGGGGGGUAAUUACUGUUUCCUGAUUUUUUUUUUUAAAAAACCGUUUCUUUUGGAAUUUUGUUUGUUGGCAAAUUCUGUGUGAUCUUUUUUCAUAAAAAAAAGAAAGAAAAGAAAAAAUUUAAUUGGAAAAAUA